GCUGCCCAGAUGCCAGCCAGCAGGACCAGGGACCAGACGGGCCCUAGUUCUCCCGCAUCCUACACUCUGAGCGGCUGACAGAACACGAGGGUGAUGGAGGUUCCUCUUGUUAACUUCGAGAACGUGGAGGACGUGGGCAUCAACCUUGGGGACCCCAGUGACUCCGGCUACCCGACGUCGCCCACGUCAGAAGCCCCGGAUCAUGAAUUGUCGCCCCCCCGCCCGGCGACUCCUCAUCCCUCGCCGCUCAGGGGGCGUCGAGGGUCCCCGUCCUCCCCACUCACCUCCAAGGCCACCUCAAGUAGCUGCAGCUUGAUCUCCAAUCUGAAGCUGCUGGUUAGCGGUGAGUCUGCGUCCGACAGCGUCUUUAGCAGGUUGCCCAAGGAAUAUUACGACAACCAGGACUUCUUGGAGAAGAACUGUGUGGAAGACAAAGACCAGAAGGUGGUCAUCAACAUUUCGGGCCUGAUGUUCGAGACCCAGCUGAGCACGCUCAGUCGCUUCCCGGAGACGCUGCUGGGUGACCCCACUAAGAGGAUGAGCCACUUCGACCCGAUGAGGAACGAGUAUUUCUUCGACCGCAACCGUCCAUCUUUCGAUGGCAUCCUCUACUUCUACCAGUCAGGCGGGAGGAUCCGCCGGCCCGCCAACGUUCCCUUGGAUGUUUUCGCCAGUGAAAUGGUCUUCUACGAGCUCGGCCACGAAGCCAUGGAGCAGUUCCGAGAAGAUGAAGGCUUUAUCAAAGAGCCGGAGGUUCUUCUGCCCACCAAUGAACUCCAGAGACAGUUGUGGCUCCUCUUUGAGUACCCGGAGAGCUCCAGCUCUGCCAAGUCCGUAGCUUUGGUCUCUGUGUUUGUCAUUAUCAUCUCCAUUGUCAUCUUUUGUCUGGAAACCCUUCCAGAGUUCAGGGAGGACCACGACUCAUCACCGAGAGUGGACCAGCUCAUGAAUGGGACUGGAGAAGGUUAUAGUCCUCAUCCCAACACCAAGAAUGUCCAGGCCUACCUGACAGAUCCCUUCUUCAUAGUGGAGACCAUCUGCAUCAUCUGGUUCUGCUUUGAAGCGGGUGUCCGUUUUGUGGUGUGUCCUAGCAAGAGUGACUUCUUCAAUAACAUGAUGAACAUCAUCGACAUGGUCUCCAUCAUUCCCUACUUCAUCACCUUGGGAACUGAGCUGGCCACCAGUCCUGACGACGACACCAGCUCCAGUCAGAACAUGUCCCUGGCCAUCCUGAGGAUCAUCCGCCUGGUCCGAGUCUUCCGCAUCUUCAAGCUCUCGCGUCACUCCAAGGGUCUCCAGAUCCUGGGUCAGACCCUCAAAGCCAGCAUGCGAGAACUGGGGCUGCUCAUCUUCUUCCUCUUUAUCGGCGUCAUCCUCUUCUCCAGCGCCAUAUUUUUCGCCGAAGUGGACGAGACCCAGACGCAGUUCGUCAGCAUCCCCGACGGCUUCUGGUGGGCCGUGGUCACCAUGACCACCGUGGGCUACGGUGACAUGUGCCCCAUCACCAUGGGGGGAAAGAUGGUGGGCACCCUGUGCGCCAUCGCCGGCGUGCUGACCAUCGCCCUGCCAGUGCCCGUCAUCGUCUCCAACUUCAACUACUUCUACCACCGCGAGACGGAGCAGGAGGAGAAGCAAAUGAUCGACGCCGCCACCCGAGCAGCGCAGAAGACCUCGCCAGCCAACAAAUAUGGUGGCAGCUCAUCUUCGCUGUACAAAAGUAACGAGACCUGGCAGAGCGAGAAGAAGACUUUUCAAUAGACCACUUCUGACGUCUAUCACUGACCUAGUCCUCCUUGACCUGGUCCUCACUGACCUGGUCCUCACUGACUUAGUCCUCACUAACCUAGCUAGUUCUCACUGACCUGGUCCUCAUUGACUUGGUCCAUCACUGACCUGGUCCUCACUGACCUGGUCCUCUCUGACCUAGUCCUCACUGACCUAGUUAGUUGUCACAGACCUGAUCCUUACUGACCUGGUCCUCACUGACCCAGUCCUCACUGACCCAGUCCUCACUGACCUAAUCCUCACUGACCUAGGUAGUUUUCACUGAUCUGGUCCUCACUGACCUGGUCCUCACUGACCUAGUCCUCACUGACCUAGUUCCUACUGACCUGGUCCUCACUGACCUGGUCCUCACCGCUUUGUUGGACCUCACCUCAGGAGCUUGCUUCCAACAAGUACUCCAUCCAUUCAUCAUCCAUCCAUCAUCCAGCCAUCUAUUUUAUAGUCCUUCUCGGGGUAACAGGGUUCAAGAAGUACUAGUACUCUACAUAGGUGAGUACUUCACCAGACGUAGAAUAAAAUGCUUGUCUGUCAAACACACCAUCAGCGGCUUCCCCAUGUUUUAAUCGAUAAAUGUACAUUUAAUUCCAACAUGUCCGCGCGGUAGUGCGCUCCAACUGCUGGGCCGAGUUUGUUUUAGUGGACUCCUUCUUUCAAGUCGCUGAUUAUUUCCUUCUUGUCUCUGCCCUCCCUGACUUGAGCGUGACUCAUGCCAUGGCAGGAAUUCCCAAACUAUGGCACUGGGGCUCCAUCAGGUGGCAGGCCAAAGAACCACUGAGCUAAAUAUUCCAACACAGUGUUACUGUUCAAACUGUGUGUCAUUUUUUUUACAGUGGUCAGAGACAUGAAAUAUACUUGCUUUGUUUUUAAUGAACGUUAUGACCUACUCUGCCACCGCAUUGAUAUGGAUGGAUUAUUGCAGAUUUGUGCUGGUCUUGGCCAGGAAAAUAUGCUUUAAGUGUACCUAAUGCUGUGUCCCCAAGUCAUGGUGACCCAUGUCCAUGCAUGUCCUGACCACUCUUUUUGUCCGUACAUGUCCACACCAGUAUUCAUGUCUGUGCAUGUCCACACCACUCUUCAUGUCUUUGCAUAUCCACACCACUGCAACAAUUUCAGAGAUAUGCACGUCAAAUUAGCAUGCUACUUGAUAGCAUUAGCAGUGUAUGAGACACAAUCAUGUUGAUGAUGCAACCUCUGUUGACCUCUCAGCAAUAACUCGCAUCACUGCAGAAUAUACAAAGGUGUAUGUCCUCAUUU